GAAAUUGUAAUUUUCCGUCUUAAAUGCGUGAAAUGUAAUCGGUCGACAUAUUGCAAAAGCCCAGUGUCUUAUAAGCACUCGUAACUGGUUUGGACAAGGUAUUUUGUAUUUUGAGCAUUGUAUUAUAAUCGUGGGGCAUUGAAACAAAGCCAUGUCUUCGUCAGCUAGUGAUAUCAAUGAAAAACAUAUUGCCGACGAUUUCGUAAUAUACGUUAAUGGUAAAAAGUUUACAGAUAGUCACGUGGAACCGGAAACAACAUUACUGAACUAUAUCAGAAAGAAACUAAGAUUGACAGGGAGUAAAUUGUCUUGUGGUGAAGGAGGAUGUGGAGCUUGUACUGUAAUGCUGUCAAAAUAUGACCACGUGGACAAGAAGAUAUCUCACUAUGCUAUUAAUGCAUGUUAUACCCCUGUAUGCUCUGUACAUGGAAUGGCUAUCACAACAGUGGAAGGAAUUGGAUCAUCAACAAAGUUACACCCAGUACAGGAACGACUUGUCAAGGCCUUUGGUUUGCAGUGUGGGUUUUGUUCGCCAGGCAUGGUAAUGUCAAUGUACACUUUAUUACGUAAUAAUCCAGAGCCAACCGAGCUGCAGAUAGAAGACUGCCUUGGAGGCAACCUAUGUCGAUGCACUGGAUAUCGACCUAUUUUGGAAGGGUUUAAGACUUUUGCUAAGAAUGGUUGUUGUGGAAACCCAUCUAUCUGCAAUGACAGUCAAGAUGACAAGAAUGUUUUGAACCAUUUAUUUGCACCCAGUGACUGCACACCUUACGACCCGUCCCAAGAAUUGAUAUUUCCACCCGAGUUGCAGACAACUGAUGAAUUCCACACUAAGAAGGUGCUGUUUGUUGGAGAAUCAGUGGAUUGGAUUCGACCAACCUCCUUGGAAGAACUUCUUAGAUUGAAGACUGAAUUUCCUGCGGCUAAAUUGGUGGUUGGCAAUGCUGAAGUUGGAUUUGAACCAAGACAAAAUAAUGUGAAAACUACUUUGAUAUCAGCAACACACGUACCAGAGUUAAACCAGAUUGAUAUCACAGACUCUGGCAUCACAUUUGGUUCUUCUGUCACCAUGAGUCGUAUGUACGAUGUUCUCAAAAAAACAUCAGAUGAAUUGCCAAAAAUCAGAACAGCGAUCUUUACAUCUUUGAUGAAUAUGCUGGAACUUAUCGGUGACCAACAACUGAGAAAUGUAGCAGGUAUUGGUAGCCAUAUAAUGAGUGCAAGUCCUUUAUCUGAUAUCAAUCCAAUGUUGAUGGCUGCUGAGGCCACUCUUAUUAUUGUUUCUCACAAAGAUGGCACGAGAACCAUACCCCUGGAUUCAAGGUUUUUUACUGCAUUUAGGAAUACUUGUCUGAGAGCAGACGAUGUUUUAGUAAGCGUGACGAUUCCGUGUUCGCAAAAGGGUGAAUAUUUUAGAGGGUACAAAGUGAAAAAUCAAGUUCAUCGUCGAGACAAAGACGUUGCCAUGAUUAGUGCUGGAAUGAAAGUUUUAUUCGAAGACAAAAGUGAUGUUAUCAAGGGCAUUAACCUCUCUUUCGGUGGAACUGGGCCAACUGUCAUUAUGGCUACCGACAUUACGGAGCGAAUUCAAGGAAGGAAAUGGGAUGAUCAUCUUCUCAGAGAUGUUCAACACAUGUUGUUAGAAAGACUGAAACUUGCAACAGAAGGUGGUUUUCUGGAAUAUCGAAAGAAUCUGUUGCAGAGUUUCUUCUUCCAAUUUUAUCUGCAUGUGCAGAAUGGUCUUAGUCAAGAACUAGCUAACACUGUUGCAGCCUUGUCGUCAUCAUAUAAAUCAGCUUUAACCCCACUUGAGAUGCUACCUUACAGCAGUACACAGAUGUUUCAGGAUGUACCAAGUGGACAAUCAGUGGAUGAUCCAGUCGGUCGACCAAUUAUGAAUGAAUCAAGUUUACAGUUAGCCACUGGGGAAGCUAUCUUUUUAGAUGAUAUUACGCUCGAAGAAGGUGAAUUACAUUUUGCACUUGUAACAAGCAAGCGUGCACAUGCUAAAAUAAUAUCCAUCGACGCAUCAGACGCCACGUCACUCGUAGGUGUACGCUGUUUUGUUGGAGCAUCUGAUGUUCCUGGACGAAGUGCAUGGAGUGUAGCGAACCCAGAUUUACUGGAUGAAGUUAUUUUUGCUUCAGAUGAAGUUUUGUGUGUCGGUCAAGUUAUUGGUGGAAUUGUUGCAGACACACCACAGUUGGCACGUAAAGCAGCAACAUUAGUUAAAGUCGAAUAUGAAGAACUGGAACACAUUCUUACUGUUGACGAAGCCAUUGACAAAGAAUCAUUUAUGCACCCAAUACGAUGUUUAGAAGAUGGAGACGUGAACGGGGAAUUCAAAAAAUCAGAUUUUGUGGUAGAGGGCGAAGUUCGUGUGGGUGGUCAGUAUCAUUACUAUAUGGAGACCCAGUGUUGUAUCGCACAGCCAAAAGAGCGUGGUGAAAUGAUCGUGACUGUGUCAUCGCAGUCACUAACAAGUUUACAGGUAAAUGUAGCAGCAGCUCUUGGUAUUCCAGUAAAUAAAGUGACAUGUAAGAUACGGCGUGUUGGAGGAGGAUUUGGUGGUAAAGACACUAGCACAGUCAAUUUCGCAAUGGCAUGUGCUGUCGCCGCAAAAAAGGUUGGAAAAACAGUUCGUCUUGUCAUCGGGCGUGAUUUGGACAUGCAAACUGUUGGACUGAGGCAUCCAUUAGUCGGCAGGUAUAAAGUCGGCUUCAACAAAGACGGCAAGCUGCGUGCACUCGAAAGCGAAAUUUUCUUCAAUGCAGGCUACUCCUAUGACUUAUCAAUGUUGAUACUAGAAGUCGGGAUGCAUCAAUUACAUAAUGCCUAUAUGAUUCCUGCAUACAAACUAACUGGAAAGCUCUGUAGAACAAAUCUUCAAUCUAACACAUCAAUGAGAGGAAUUGGAACGUUACAAUCUAUGGCAUUUAUUGAAACAGUUAUGGAUACCGUGGCAACAAAGUGUGGCGUAUCUCCAGUGAAGGUCAGAGAGAUAAACUUGUACAAGGUUGGCGAUACAGACCACUUUUAUCAAGACAUGCCAGAUGUGAUGAAUCUAAAACGAUGUUGGGAUGAGUGUCUUGUGAAAAGUGAUUUUCACAAACGUAGACAAGAAACGGAUCAGUUCAACAGAGAAAAUCGUUGGAAAAAAAGAGGACUCGCUAUCGUUCCUAUCAAACGAAUGACUGGCAUUCCGAUUCCUUUUAUGAAUCAGGGCGCUGCAUUGGUGCAUAUAUAUCUAGAUGGUUCAGUGUUACUUACCCAUGGUGGUAUAGAGAUAGGUCAAGGGUUACAUACCAAGACGAUACAGAUUGCAAGUCGUGUUCUGCGUAUAUCUUCUGAACGUAUACAUAUCAGUGAGACCAGUACCGAUAAGGUACCGAAUGCAGUCCUAACUGCUGGUUCAUCUGCAACUGAUCUCUUUGGCAGUGCUGUGAAGGUUGCUUGUGAGACAUUGAUGGAUCGCCUGGAACCAUUCAUGAAAGAAAAUCCUAAAGGCUCGUGGGAACAAUGGGUUGGUGCAGCCUAUUUCAACAGAGUGAGCUUAUCAACUACCGGAUUCUACAAAUAUCCAGGAGAAAUAGGUUUCAAUUGGGAAGAUCACCGCGCAAGUCGGCUGGCGUACAACUUUAUGUAUGGGGCUGCUUGCUGUGACGUUGAAAUCGAUUGCUUAACUGGUGAUCAUCAAAUGAGACGAGUUGAUAUUGUUAUGGAUGUCGGGAAAAGUUUAAAUCCAGCACUGGAUAUUGGACAGAUUGAAGGUGCUUUCAUGCAAGGAUAUGGUUUAUUUGUUGUGGAAGAAUUGCGAUAUUCACAAAAAGGCGAACUACUGACCAGGGGACCGGGAAUGUAUAAAAUACCAUGUGUCAGUGAUAUACCAAGACAAUUCAAUGUGCAUUUGUUGAAAGGAGCUACGAAUCCAAACGGUAUCUAUUCUGCCAAGGCAAUUGGAGAACCACCAUGCUUACUUGGAGUAUCUGCACUGGUUGCCAUCAGAGAUGCUAUAUCUUCAGCUAGAUCAGAUGUUGGUCUCCAUGGCAACUUCAAGCUGGACUGCCCAUCAACACCUGAAAGAAUCCGCCAUGCCUGCAGUGAUGAUUUCCCCAAACCUGCCAAACAGGUAAUUGAUGACUACUUCGUCAGGCCGUAGAUGUCCCCUUGCAUUCAUCGCGGGAAUGAAUCUAUGAAAAAAACACCAUAGUUAAAAUUUAUUUUGAAAGGUUUUUUUUUUACUUCCAGAUCUGGGGCUGGGAAU